AUGUUCCAAAGCGGCGGCGGCUACAAACAGAUAUGGGAGUACGUAUACAUGGACAAGGACAUACACAAAGCAAGCAGCGAGGCUGACGUGUCGCUCAUUAUCCAGCGAUUCCUAGAGUGGUACCGUCGCAAAGCCCCCGCCGAGCUCUGGCUCGACGUCCUCCGCCAUGCCGAGCUGUACGAAGAGUGGGAGGAGGCCGCCCUUCACCUCGACAACCUGCUGGGGCUCGACCUCUGGCGUUACAACCAGGUCUCGCGAUACUAUGAUUACCGUCUCAUCAACGAGCGCCUCGACAGCCUCGCCCUGGCGCGGGAGGACCAGGAUAUCCAUGCCCUGGUCAACCUCCUGCGCUCGGGUCUGGUGCGCAACCUCGGCAACAUCACCGCCACCAAGCUCUACAACCGCAGCUUCGCCGGCUCCAAGUUCCUCAUCGAAGAGUAUAUCACACAGGUGGCAGAGGCUAUAGAGUUCAUCAGCAGGCUGCCUGCUGUCCCGCCGAGCGGCGUGGGACUCCUAGGGAGCAACUCCUCCGGGAAUGUCGCGGGACCUCAGCCCCAGGCCCAGAGCCAAGCACCGCCCCAGAUGCCGGCCGUCCACUUCAGUGACAACAGUUCGACGACACCCGGCAGCAACGCCAGCAACGCCAGCAAUGCUGCCGCUGCGAACAUCAAGGCCCCCAUGACCAUGUCCAACCAGAUGAAGCUGGACUUUGUGCACGACACAAGACAGGCCUUCGGGCGGAGCACGCUUGUCUUGCAGGGCGGCGCAAUCUUUGGCCUCUGUCAUCUGGGCGUCGUCAAGGCUCUCUUCUUGCGUGGGCUGCUACCUCGCAUCAUCACCGGAACGGCGACGGGAGCCUUGAUCGCGGCGCUGGUGGCUAUUCACAAAGAGGAAGAGCUACCUGCAGUCCUCAAAGGCGAUGGGAUCGACCUGAGUGCUUUUGCGGCAAAAACUAGGGCCAAAGGCGAUGAGAACUCAGGAGUAGCACAGUCGGGUUCGACCAGGUGGGAGACGCUGCUUCGCAGAGUGAAGAGAUUCUACCGGGAGGGCUACUUCCUCGAUGUCAAGGUACUGGAGGAGUGUGUGCGUGCCAAUGUUGGUGAUCUUACCUUCGAGGAGGCUUAUGUCAGGAGCAAGAGGGUGUUGAACAUCACCGUAGCCGCGACGGGUCAGGGCGGCAUUCCAACGCUGCUGAACUACUUGACGGCGCCGAACGUGUUGAUAUGGACGGCUGCAGUGGCCUCCAACGCCUCUACGCCAACUUUUUAUGGCCACCGCGAGACCACCAUCCUUUGCAAGGACCAGGACGGAAAGAUUGUCCCCUGGGCCCCUGCUAAUACCAUCGACUUCCGCCACUGGACGCACGUAUCAUACUCAGAUCGAGACUCACCCCUGAUGCGUAUAGCAGAGCUUUUCAAUGUAAAUCAUUUCAUUGUUUCACAAGCGCGCCCUUACCUCAUUCCUUUCCUACAGUCAGACAUGCAUGGCCCUUCACUCUUGGAAACCCGCAACAAAACUACCUCCGUUACCGCGUUCCUGGUCAGGAUGGUCGGUCUGGAGAUUAGGCAUCGCCUCCGACAGCUUGACACGCUGGGGCUUCUACCGACCGGCAUCCGACGAUUCCUGGUCGACGAGCGGAUCCCCGGUGCCAGUGUAAUGCUCGUGCCAGAGGUAACCGCGGGAGACUUCAUCAGGCUGCUAGAGACUCCGACGAGGGAGACGCUUGACUACUGGAUAUUGAGGGGCGAGAGGAGUGUCUGGCCGGCUGUCGCGGCGCUGAAGAUCAGAUGUGCGAUCGAGACGGAGCUGGACCGUGCAUACCAAAUAGCGAGGAGGCUGAAGGCCGGCGGACUGAGGCGCAAGUCCAGUAUCUCCGUGAAUAUAUCGGGCAGUGGUAAAGAUCAGAAACAUCGGGCCAAUAGUUUUGGCGCAAGAAGCUGA